AACGGGAGGGAGGAGGUAGGGGUGCAAUGGCUCAUGAGGGAAAGGGAAGUCAAUAUUACGUUUUCCCGCUGACAAAGGCAAAUGAAGACUUUCCUUUUUUUUUUUACUUACAAACAAGUAACCUUUAGCGCCCUGAUGUGGAGUCCUACGCAUCCCUAGCAGCAUCCGGAAAGAUACAUUUACCCACUGUCAUUCCAUCUGGAUACUACCGGGCCAGUACUGUUACUGCUUUUUUUUUGUCAUUCGGUAAAUGGCAUCAUUUAGGGCAAACUAUUUGAUAGCGUGAUAGCGUACCGACUGCGACAGAAAAUCGAAAACAUCGAAGACCUUCUUGUGAGUCGGCUGAGCAACGUUUUCGGAAUUAUCUGAUUACUCAGAGAAUGAGUAUCGGGGUGAGCUGGUGAAUCAGCGCUGGACGCGAGGAGACAAGAUCAGCCGCUGCCAGCCCUCUCUCAGACCACAGAAUCGUCCAAUCAAAAUGAGUUUGGACAUUGAUGACAAGCGUGCAUGCACACGGUCCAAGGGAGGAAGAACUCCCACCGAGAUUAUAGUUCAGGAGCUGAGCUGCCCCACUCCAGGAUGCAAUGGUUCUGGUCAUAUCAGUGGCAAAUAUGCACGACACAGAAGUACAAUGAGUUGCCCCAUAGCUAGAAAGAGGAGGCUCCAGGAGGAAUCAGAACAGAAUCAUUCACCCUCCAAGAGGAAGUCCCACCCACUCAAGCUGGCAAUGGAUGGAUGCUUUAAUGCAGAGAGUGAUGGGAGCAGCGAGGAGAUGGAGGUGAAGGAACAGGACGAGGAAGAAGAGAGGGAAACACAUCAACAGUAUGUCAAUGAAGAACACACAGGGGCAGAAGAACAGGAACCUAGGAGCAGCAGCACCAAUGAGGGAGAAACAGGUGAUGAAGAGGAGUGUAUGAUCAUUGAGGCAUCCUGCACAAAGAAAGCUAAAUCUGUAGAAGCAAAUGAUCUUUCCAACUAUGAGCAUAUAGUAGCCAACUCUCUACUGCACCUCAGCAGCCACAAUAACCAUUCCACAUCUCCACAACAACAACAACAACAACAACAAUAUCCUGUAGCCACAGAGGUGAAGGGGAAUAGUUCAACCAGAACAGAAGAGGAGGAAAACAAUGAGGGAAACAGAGAUGGAAAAAAAGAUGAAAGCCAGACAACAGCUCAGACAUCCACAAUGAACAGAACGAAUGAAAAAGCAGAGGAGGAGAUUCUAAAGGAGGAGCAGAAUGGAAGGCAGGAAGAGUCAGACCAUCAGUACUUCACAGAAGAGAUCAGCAAACAUCUUUCAGAGGAAGACAAGAAUCCACAUGUAGAGAAAAGCUGCAUGGAAGAGUAUGAUAAAGAAGAAGGAUUAAAAGAUGAAAAUGUAGAACAGUAUGACCCCUCUGUGAAUGUUGCAACUCAGGGCGCCCAAAAAGAGGACUACAUUACCCAAAAACCACUACCUUCACCACAGAGCUGCUUGGCCAACCAGGCCUCAGCAGCUCCCAUGGUCAUCGAGGUGCGGUCUGAGGAAUCAGAGAAGGAUGAUGAAAAUGGGGACGAAGAGGAGGAGCAAUCAAUGCUGGCUGACGAGUCAGAGAUGUAUGACAUGAUGCGGGGGAACCUGAGGCUUUUAGAGCAGGCUAUUGCUCUCAAAGCCCAGCAGGUCAAAGGUAACAGAGAGUUCAUGCCCAUCUCUGAACAUCAUCGCUAUUUCCCUCUAGAAGACCGACCCACCAAGCACAUGGACCUGCUGCGAAAGAGUUACUUCUGUAAAGAAAGUUCCAGGUCAGAGAAAAGAGAGGUCAAAUGCCCCACCCCAGGCUGUGAUGGCACAGGUCAUGUGACUGGACUGUACCCUCAUCACCGCAGUUUGUCUGGCUGUCCUCACAAAGACAGGAUCCCCCCAGAGAUCCUAGCCAUGCAUGAGAAUGUUCUGAAGUGCCCUACGCCUGGCUGCACAGGACAAGGCCACGUCAACAGUAACCGCAACACACACCGCAGUUUAUCCGGAUGUCCGAUCGCUGCUGCUGAGAAGCUGUCCAAGAGCCAUGACAAGCAGCAGCUGUUGCAGCCAAUGACAGAACAACCCAAAGUCAGCCCAAACCCAGAGAGAGUGCUCAGACCCAUGUGUUUUGUGAAGCAGCUCGAGAUGCCACAGUGUGGCAGCUACAGGGCUACCAGCACGGUUUCCAACACACCGCGUGCUAACCUGGCUAAAGAGCUGGAGAAGUACUCUAAGGUCUCCUUUGAUUAUGCAAGCUUUGAUGUCCAGGUGUUUGGCAAGCGUGUGCUCGCCCCACAGAUACACACCGGUGACAGCUCACCCAAAACCUUCAAAACCAAACCUCCAUUACCGAGGACCUCUCCCCCUAGUCCCAGCUUGCAAAGCACCUUUGGAAAAAGCUCAUGUGGAGCCCAUGAAUUCUCCCAUGAUGCUGAAGCUGCACACAUGGCUGCGACAGCCAUUCUAAACCUUUCUACUCGGUGCUGGGAAAAGCCUGAGAAUCUCAGCACCAAACACCAGGAUAAGACCAUGGAGAUCGAGGUGGAUGAGAAUGGCACGCUAGACUUAAGUAUGAAGAAGCCCAUAAAGAAAGAAGGAGGCCCACUGAACACAAGCCCAGGCAUGCGCUCCCCUGCCCUCUCUUCAUCAUCCUCAUCAUCCGGGCACCAUGGCAACACUGCCAUCUCACCCCACUUACAGGGCUACAAGCAGGAGGAGUGGGAGGGACCGCUGGAUUAUACCAAACCUAAUCGGCAAAGGGAGGAGGAACUAGAGGAGAUGGAUCAUACAGCCCAGUCCUUUGUCUCCUCCGAUGCUGAGGACUGUGACAUGGCACAGGAGAGCCAGGAGGGCAGGAAGUAUCCUGGUGAGGUCACUACCCCCAGCUUCAAAGUCAAGUUUCAGCCCAGGGAGUGCAAGAAAGAGCUCCUUAUGUGUCCCACUCCUGGCUGUGAUGGCAGUGGCCACAUCACUGGAAACUAUGCAUCCCACCGAAGUCUGUCUGGGUGCCCUCUUGCUGAUAAGAGUCUUCGCUCCCUCAUGGCAGCACAUGCACCUGAACUCAAGUGCCCAACCCCAGGAUGUGAUGGUUCUGGCCACAUCACUGGUAACUACGCCUCACAUCGAAGUUUGUCUGGGUGUCCUCGUGCCAAGAAAGGUGGAAUCAAAACAACACCUACCAAGGAAGACAAAGAAGACUCAGAACUCUUAAAGUGCCCAGUACCAGGCUGUGACAGUCUGGGUCAUAUCAGUGGGAAGUAUGCCACCCACCGCAGUGCAUAUGGGUGCCCACUGGCUGCACGGCGCCAGAAGGAAGGCAUGCUGAAUGGCACACCUUUCUCCUGGAAGGCCUUCAAGACAGAGGGACCCACCUGCCCUACACCAGGCUGUGAUGGAUCAGGCCAUGCCAAUGGCAGCUUCCUUACUCAUCGCAGUCUCUCCGGCUGUCCCCGAGCCUCACUGGCUAAGAAGAAAGCCAAGUUUACUGGGGAGGACUACGUCAACACCAAGUUUAAGGCUAGCGAUGUUCUAGAUAACGAUGAAGACAUUAAGCAACUCAAUAAAGAAAUCAGUGACCUCAGUGAGUCCAACAACGAAAUGGAAGCGGAUAUGGUCAACCUCCAAACGCAGAUCUCAUCAAUGGAGAGGAACCUGAAAAACAUCGAGCAGGAGAAUAAGAUCAUUGAGGAGCAGAACGAAGCACUGUUCAUGGAAUUGUCAGGACUCAGUCAAGCUCUGAUCCGCAGUCUGGCCAAUAUCCGUCUGCCCCAUAUGCAGGAACCAAUCACAGAGCAGAAUUUUGAAAACUAUGUGAGUACUCUGACUGACAUGUACACCAAUAAAGACUGCUACCAGAACCCCGAGAACAAGGCCCUGCUGGAGACCAUCAACCAGGCAGUGAAAGGCAUUAAGGUGUGACCUGAGGCAUCGCCCACUAGAGGCGUAAAAGAGAAACGAUGUGUGUAGAAGCGGAGAGAAAAUACAUGCAAACGGUACACACAAAAACGGGCAUUCAGGUGUUUUUUUGAAUUAUUACAGCCUUCAUCCCAGGGAGCAUUCUGUGAAAAGAAAAGAGAAAUAUGUAUCUAACAUUUAUGUUCCAAAAUCCACAAACGCUGCUGGAUUGGAAGCAGAGGAUGAAAAGACCACAACCAAAUCCUUUUUGUUUGACCAGACAGGGGGGGGAAAUAGGGGGGAGAAGCUUGUAUUUUUGCCAAUUAAAGGAGUGUUUAAUUGCAUGUCUUUGAGAGUGAAGCUGAGGAUGAAGAACAGAGGGUGUACUUCAGCAUUAACAAGAGCCAAACAAUUUGGAUGAAAUUGUCUUUGUAUUGUGCGUGAGGGACUACUCGCCCUUUAUCACAGCAGAUGCAGCACUUCCUAGUAGUGAAUCACCACAGCUUCAGGUCAUUGAGGCCCAUUGUACCUGUUCCGCACAAGCUCACGUGCACAUUCUACUCAAAGCGAGAACACACUUUGGGUCUUCAAGCUGUGUGUUAUUCAUAUCAGAUACCAUCUGGUUAACACUAACCGUCAAACCACAUGCCUCCAGAAUUCAGCCGUUAUAUUUAUAAAUCUAUAUUUUAUUAUUAGUUCUAGACAGACAUUUAGGUUUCGAUACUUUAAAUACCUGUAGAUGGCAGAAGCACUAGUUCAUUCUCAUUCAUUUGCAUUAUUUAUUUGCUAGAGUAAUAUAAUGUAUUGCUACUCGGUUAAAUCCAGCCGUAUCUGUUAUAUUUAUCAACAAUGAAUUGCACUUCUUUCCAAUGAACCGCUUAUAGAUUUCAUUGUUAAUGUUUUAUAAAUUAUUCAGACAUUCAUUUGUCCUGUACUCUUCUCUUAAUAUUCCUUAAUUUAUGUAUUUAUAUGUAUUUUCGUCAUGUUUUUAUGGUUUACUUUGUUUUAUUUGAACUCGCGUCCUGCAUUGAAAAACAAAACUACUAUAAAAACAAUGCAGCCUACCCCUUCCAUCUUCAAAUCAACACCAAUAUAAGAAAAUAAGAGAAACUAUUUUCCGUUGUUUUGUUUUUCUUUUCUUUUUUUUUUAUACCUGAUUUUCUUUCGACAAUAGAUUUCUAAAACUUUUUUAAGUGAAAAUAUUUUGAACUGACAAGGUUUUUUAUAAUCAAAUAAGGCUUUUUUCUUUUUAUUUCAUUAUAGAUAUUUUUUUCAAAAAUCCUGAGAGAUCCAAAACAAAACAAAACAAAAAAAAAAAAAUGGAGAAUGUGUAUUUAUUAUUUAUUUUAUAUUUAUGAACUAAUGAACUGUGAUACGAUUGUACUGUAUAUUUAUUUUGUAACGUUUCUGUGUGUUUAUUAUGAAUGAGUCUCGGUAGUCUUGUACUUAAAUAAAGACAGAAAUGUCACUCGGACAAAAAUAAAUAAAUAAGGUUCAUUAAAAUACCAGCAACACUUCCCAUGGGAAUGUAAAGACAAAAAAAAAAAAAAGCAAUUCUUUGAAACUUCCUGUGAGUUUAAAGAAGAAACGGAAAAGGUAUCGUAAAAGGAAGUGCAAUUUCCUUAAUGAGUUUUAUCAAUUCAAGCUCAUGGCUUUGCCAGUCUGUCCAGAAUGGUUUUUAAGUGAUGACAACUGAUGAUGUUAUUUCUUCCUCAGUUGGUAUGUCAUGAGAUAUAUGUUGAACUAGUACCGAAAGAGGGGUAAUGGUAAAAAAAAAAUCUUUUUUGCCAAAACCGUAUUAAGAGAAACCUUUGAACCACAAUGUCUUUACUCAGCUAGAUGUGUCAGAUGAGCAUACACCCACGUAGCCUUAUUCUUGAUUUUAUUUUUUUAUUUUAAAAAUGCAAAAAGUGCCACUAAACAAACAAUUUUCUUUUCUUGACUCCUCCCAUUCAGCAACCACAUGAUUCUUGAGUCGUAUGAUGAUGUAAGAUGUGUGGUAAUUGUUACAGUUGCCUUUAUUUCCUUGCCGAUAUGGCCAUAAUUAUACUAUAUAUACGUUCUGUAUAAUAAAAAAAAACGACAAAACGAUUAUAUAGAGAAUAUAAAAACAUACAUAUAUUUUUCCAGUGUAAUUGUUAACACUUAUUCUUAUUGUAGCUUAUGAAAGAAAUGUCAAAAAAAAAAAUAAACUGUGACUAUUACUACCAAUAGAAGAAGAAGAAAAAAAAUGACCCAUUUUACUGUGGUGGCAGGAUAUAAUGUGUUUUAUAAUUUAAACAGGUACGUUUUUAAAUCUAAAAUGUCGGGGGUCGUUUGUAAAAAAAUUUCCUAUUUUUUGAGGCGUAUUAUAGGUCCAUGGUUGUUGGGCUUCUCUAUGUAUUGUCAUGCUCAUGGGACAGUGGUGUAAUGGUAGUCAAUUCUUUACCCAUCUUGGCGUUACAUUGGGUCUGUACCUGUGAAGACUCGUCAUAGUGUGCUGAAAAGGUGGUGGUCCUUCUCUUAGUAUCGUCGUGGUGUUGUGUCGGUUCCGGUGGGAGCAGCCUCGUUUAGUUAUUUUUGUCUCCAAUGCUAACCGUGAUAAAGAAAGCAGUGUGAUUGUUGUUAGCGAGUUGUAAAAUUGAAACAUUGUGCCUCCUUAUGUCACCAGAAUUUUACAUCUCCACCUAUAUGCAGUAGAGAUAGGCAUGUUGUCCAUUCGGUGUUAUAAAGAUGACGUCACACAUGGAUGGUUAAAUAUCAGUUUCUAACCAAAUUUACUGUUUUAGCCUAGAAUGGACUUCUAUCCAUCGCACCAAAAAGUAGGGGACAAAAAAUGUGUAUGUCUUUUUAUGUUCGUUGAUGUCCAGUGUAAUUCUGUCUAUGGCGUUUAGGAUUCGCUCUAACUCGUUUCAACAGGCUUCAUGUAAAAGGGUGAGGUCAUCAAGUCAGGGCAGCUAAUCUGAACAGUUUGGAUCGACCCCCUGGAUCCGAACUGAAUAUAAAGGAAAAAUAAAUAAAUAAAUAAAGGUUGAGCUUAAGCAUUUUUAUGUGUCAUUGAUAUGCUGCUCGACUUCUCUCACUCUUGCACUGAGAGAAUGGAGGAGACGUCAGUUGCAUAAAUUUAUGUCCAUUUUGUAUAAUGUCCCUGGCCUUAUCCUCUCCUUCUCUGUAACCUUUCCCCAGGAAAGAUAGGGCAUUGCAUUUAAAUAUGAAAAUGCUCUGCUUUAGCAAAAUAUUAGUUGGGGAAUUGAGGUACUCGUUAUCUUGUUUUUUGGGGUUUCUUUUUUCUUUUUUUGCUGUAGUACCCAGCUCAUCUUUAAGGGCCAGAAGUGAAGCGUUCUAAUCCCAGCUUUCCCAAUGCUUUGCUUUUUCAGUAAUAAACCACUUUCACUUGAACACAUUAACUAAUUAUCAAAAAGAGCCAUUUCAUAAGAUUAUCGUGCCUGGGAUAGAGAAGUCUAGCCCUAUGAAUUUAAUGGAAUCUUUAAUCCGCUUAUUACUACUACUGACAUACCAUAAAGCGUGUAUGAGUUAAAACACAUUCAGUUAUAUUUUGUCAUAUCAUUAAAAAAACAAAACAGUGAGUUGAGAAGCUUUCUUACAUGUUUUAUUUAUUUAUUUAUUUUUAUGAAUGGUGAAGUUUCAAAAUGUAGCCUGAAUCAUUAAGCCAAGUGUAGCACUAUUAUAACACAGAACUCAAAGGUCUGGAUAACAGAUAGAUGGGAGUAUUGUCCAUGGGAAGGAGUGACCACGUCGAACAAAACAGUACAGUAGUAAAUACUAGGAAGGCGUGUUUGAUAGAACGUUUCCCCAUUAAGCUGACGUAACCAAAAUGGCCCUCGAUUUGUAGGCGCCAUCUUAUCCUACAGCUCUGUGGUGUUCUCGUGUGUGCCUUUUCUUACUUCACUUAGCUGCAGGAAAAGGUGUGUUUACAUUUUGAUUAAUAAGUUUAAACAACGCUCAGGGUGCCAUUUCUUCAGGGUCUGAGAGGGAGACAUGAGUACUGCAAGUUUCUUUAAACUGUCACCAUUUUAUAUAUUGUUUCUUUGUUUAUUUGCUUUUUACACGAUGAAACCGAAUAUAUCUUCCCGAAAACCAUUUCCGAAACUGUGACACAAAUUCAUGCUGUUAAAUGCACGAUUUUGGUUAUUUUAGGGAAUUUGUCAAAAGGUGAAGCAGUUGUGCACAGGGCAUUGAUUUGACCGCAGUAGGAGUCUUGUAUAUUUGUAAUUAAGGAACUGUGUUGUAUUAAUGAAACAUUAAUUUCCCGAAAAUGACAAAAAAAAUAAAUAAAUAAUAAAGCUCGUGACAUUAUCUACAGCCAAAGCUUGUCCUGCUUUGAAGUUCUUUAUACAGAGAUGAAGUAUUUUUGCUGGUGAUUUUGUAGACAUUGGUACUUCCAAAAAUAAAAUAAAAAUAAAAAAAAUAAUAAGCACUUCCUCACGUAUAGAUUGUAUAGAUUUUUGUCACAUUUCUUUGUUUUGUAGAGCGGGACAAGCUGUGGCUGUAGCGCUUUCACAGCUUCAUUUGGAAAAGUGUGUAGCUGGGUAUGGCUUGUGACUGUGUUUGUGUACUCUUGUAUCUGUGCUCCCCCAUAUUAGUGUUAACGAGAACAGCAAUGUCUUUUGUUGUGGAAACAUCUUUUCGUUUGUUCAUUCCAGUGUUAUCUAUGGACAACUUGAAUAAAGUGGACAAAACAGCAACCUUUCUGAA